GCUUGCAGUCGAGGAGCGGGGGAAGUCGAGUACGACCUCCAGUGUAUACCGGGUCGCCGCUGAGGCGCGAAGUAUAGUUGUGAGUGCAGUGUGUUUAUCGUUCAUCACAGACAUACUCAAAAGGGAAAUUUUUCUGAUGACACAGGGGUAUACCAAAAAACAAAAGAACUAUAGUCCUCUGACAUAAUGAGUGAUCUGCAAAUCGCCUAAUAGAUGGCGCUGCGAAACGCUGGCGGGGGGGCUCCCCGGGGUAGGGCUUCCGACGCCACUGCGACCCGAGCUCUUGACGAAUUUGACACAUUAGCUGGUCUGCGACGAAGUACUUAUGCUCUAGAACACCUGGCUACGUUUACAGUGACAAGGGAAACUGGGAUAGUAUACCCCGCUGAUGGCAUGAGAAGAUUGCUUCAACUCGAAAAGACCAAUGGAAUAUGGAGUCAAAAGAUGCAACUGUCUUUAGAAGGUCAAUGGGUGCUAGUUAUGGAUUACGAAACGGGGUCCAUCAUGGAACGGUUUCCAGCGUCGUGGGUGCAUUCACCAACAGCAUUCACAUCCCCAGAACCAGCUGAACUGUACAAUAAUGUGUUAGCAUUUGUUGUUGAAGCCCCAGAGUCGGGAGGCUCUCCAGCAGGUGCUAGGCGUGAGCUCCACAUCUUCCAAUGCCACGAUGUUGGUGCACAAGCUCUUGUUGAAGAACUAAAUGCACUUAAGGGCGAAGGCGGCGGAGGCUCUGAAGGAGGAAGAGACUUCGUGAUUGAAAGAGAAAGAGAGAGGGAAAGAGAAAAUGAUUUAGACAGACCAAGACGUCAGCAAAUGUCCGCACAGCUCGGCCGCGGAGAUCGACCAGAUCGUGAUCGUGGAGGGUCAGCUGGUGAGCGCGAUGAUGCUUCAUCUACAGGCUCUGAGAGACUAUAUGAGCAAGACAUCGCGAUCCUCAAUAGAUGCUUCGACGACAUAGAGAAGUUUAUCGCCAGGCUGCAACAUGCAGCGGCAGCAUCAAGAGAACUUGAGAGAAGGCGGAGAUCGAGGGGAGGAAAAAGGAGUGCUGGGACUGGAGAAGGAAUGCUGGCUCUAAGAACACGCCCUCCACCUGAAAGAGAUUUUGUUGAUGUGCUCCAAAAGUUUAAACUGUCUUUCAACCUUCUGGCCCGUUUGCGAGCUCACAUACAUGACCCUAAUGCUCCAGAAUUAGUGCACUUUCUCUUCACACCAUUAGCUCUGAUAGUAGAUGCAGCACAGGAUGUCGCAGAUGGUCGUCUGCCAGCACGUGUGGUACAGCCACUGCUUACUCGAGAUGCACUUAAUCUGCUCGCCAACUGCGUAACCAGCAAAGAAACUGAGCUAUGGCACUCGCUGGGUGAUGCUUGGCUUAUACCAAGAGAGCAAUGGAAAACGACAAUCCCUCCCUACCAGCCGGUGUUUAUGGACGGCUGGUCUCCAGAUUAUCAGGUGGACGACCAACCUUUGCGACGAGCAUCUCCAAGAAGAAGUGAAGCUGGUAGAGGUGGAACGGGUGCAUUAGGAGAAGAAGCAAUCAGGGAAGGAGCAGACAGGGCCGACGGCUACGGGUAUGAGAGGGAAGAACCUGACCUAUAUGGUGAACAAUACACACCUUACUCUAGAAAUCCGCGUACUCUGACCCGAGAAGAUUCUGGCUCAGCGGCUUCCUCUCCAGAACGCGAACCACCUUAUAGAGCAGACCGAGAUGAAGAUGAGCUAGGUGAAGCUUGGGCUCGUGGGGUUGCAGCCCGUGGCGGUCGUGUCGUUCGCGUCACAUACCCACGCACCGCUAAUAAUGACAAAGAGCUGACGGUUGUUCGUGGGGAAUACCUUGAGGUGCUAGAUGACUCUCGCAAGUGGUGGAAGGCGCGCAAUCGUCGUGGUCAAACUGCCCAUGUGCCGCACACUAUUGUAGCACCCGCCAUCUCACCGCCUGGUUCUCCAGCACCUGAUGCUCUGCUUUAUCCCAAUCCUAUCUACACGCACUAUCAAGAAGGCGGCGGCAGAGGUUCCGGCGGCAGCAGUCCAACGGGUCAACCUGAGCCCGAGCCACGAAAGCCUGAAAAGUCUGUACCCCCUCCCCCUCCUCCUCCACCUCCGCCACCAGAGCCUCCCGCACCAGCUCCAGUCUUACCAGCCAAAACCGAUACAAUGAAAUCCACAAAAUCAGCUAUAAGCACCAGCAGCGGUCUGCACGAGGAGUUGAAGAUGGUUCUUCCUCAGAUCACACAACGACGUCUUGAUAUAAAGAAAACACCAGACAUAUUUAUCCACCAGAAAUCCAAUCCUGAAGAGGUAGUCCAAUGGCUUGAAGCUAAAGGCUUUAGUAGCACAGCCCAGAAGCAGCUGCGUGUAUCAGGUCAUCAAUUAUUCGCUCUGUCAAGAAGCCAACUGGAACGAGUGGUAGGAGCUGAUGAAGGGAAGAGGUUGUACAGCCAGAUACUGGUGCAAAGAAAUGUAUCUGGGUACAAGACGACGUCCGCCUCAGAGCUCGCCAGCAUCCUGCGGAAAGUUCGCGAGAAAGUAGAAGUAUCCUGAUCGACAAAGAGCAAAAAGAGCCGACGGACAAUUUAAUUAAUUAUUUGAGAAGUUCCUCGUAUUGCUAAAAUUAUAUAUUAUACAUAUUAAGAUUAGUUCAUAUUUCAUUAUCUUUAUUUCGCAACAGAGGAUAUUAUUAUGUGAAUUAAAAUAUAAAUUUAAGCAGAGCUAUUCAAAUUAAAUUUUAUUCGUAGCACAUAAGUUGUAGCUAACAACCAAAUCGAUUCAUGACAUAUUUUUUUUAUCUUUAAAAAAACGAUCGUUUUUUAUUAUCUUUAAGACAAUUAAAUAAAAAAUUCAAUAUUAUUUCUCUUAGAAAACAAGAUAAUAUAUUUAUGAAAUUUACUCUACAAUCGUUUUAUUUGUUAUAACUCUACUUUCUAUUCAAAAAGCCUUUUUAUGUAUAAAAACUUUUUACAUAAAAAAAAAAGAUAUAUUAUUUAUAAAUAUUUUUAUUACAACUCUUCUUAAAAAUACAAAACAUUAAUAUGUAAUAUUGAAUAAAGCUGAAAAAUUCAUAAUUUAAAUUAAAUAUCAUCAAUAUAGUUAUUAUAAAAUAAAAUAUUCAUAAUGUAUAAACCUAAUAAAUGUUUGUCCGUAAUAACACAUUUUCUUUAGAACUAUUUAUACAUUUGCCUAUAAUAAUUUUCGAGACAUCUUAAUAUACGUUUCAUAACUGGAAAGUCUUUCGUUUCAUAAUAUCUAUAUCUACCCGACCCUGAAAAAUUCCCUAAAAAAAUAUAUAUUAUCAUCUAAUUUAACAUCACAAUCAGAUAUAUUCUGCCAUCUCAUGUAAGUCUUAGCUUGUUUAUACGCCAUGUAUAGCAUGUAAGUCUAAGCUUUUUUAAACACCAUGUAUACAGAUCAACCUUUCGCUCUGCCACUGUCUCCAACUUAUAAGCUUCGACCUUAAGACGGCAAGAUAGCUCUUCAUUACUAUACUAAUGUAUAUGGCACUAUAGUUUACUUAAAAUAUAAUCACUCUACUUACAUUAUCUAAAUGCAUUACAUAGACACUCGUCCCGCGAGCGCUACACUCAAACAGCCACACAAAUAUAAUAUAA